AUGAGCAGUCAUAUCAUAGCUUUCACCGAUCUCCCAUCAACUACUCCCAGUCAAUUCUUGAUUUCAUCAGUGAGGGUAUCGGUUCACGCAACUCGUCCCCUCAACACUCUCGCCCUACUUCUUCUCCCAAUUCUUUGUGCCGUUGGACUUAUUGGUAAUGCUUUCGUUUGUGUAGCAAUUGCCACCGAUAGACGUUUGCAUAAUGUCACCAAUUAUUUUCUUUUCUCCUUGGCCCUCGCCGAUCUCCUCGUCUGUUGCAUCGUGAUGCCUCUUUCAAUAGUUGUUGAAGUGCGACAUGGUGUUUGGACAUGGAAUUUCUCGAUGUGUUUGCUCUACGUAUAUGCCGAUGUGUUCCUUUGUUCGGCCUCAAUUGUGCACAUGUCAGUGAUCUCAUUGGAUCGAUAUCUUGGAAUAUCACAACCACUCAAAACGAGAAAUAAAUCAAAAACAAUGAUUUUCAUCAAGAUAACCCUUGUUUGGAUAAUCACCGUCCUCAUAUCAUGUCCAUUGGCUGUUGUGGCUUUGCAUGAUCCAUCAAAUGUACUCCAAAACAACUCAUUGAAAAAGCAAGCGAAGGAACAGGAGAUGGUC